AUUUUAACAUUCCAAUAAAUAAUCCCUUUUAUAAUCCCUAUAGCUCAUCCCUGUUAUCAUCCCUGUAGGUUAUACAGUUUAUCAUCCCUAUAGGUUAUAGAGUUUAUCAUCCCUAUAGGUCAUCCCAAUUAUCAUCCCUAUAGGUCAUAUGUUUUAAAAUCCCUAUAGAUCAUCCCUAUAGGGCAUCCCUGUUAUCUUCCCUGUAGGACAUACAGUAUAAAACCCCUAUUGAUCAUCCCUUGUAUCAUCCCUAUAGGUCAUACAUUUUAUAAUCCCUAUAGGUCAUCCCUUUUAUCAUCCCUAUAGGUCAUAUAUUUUAAAAUCUCUGUUGGUCAUUUUGUUUGCCAUCACUUUUACGCAUCCCUGGCAGAUCCUGUCUGGCAAGGAAGGUUUUUAUUUUUGCAGACAUGGCAACACCCUUGGACACUCUCAGCCUCUCCCAGCUGCUGGAUCUCGCCAUCGGGAUGCCCCAGAAUGGAGCCGUCCACUUUGCGGCCAUGAGGAAACUGCUGCAGGCCGUGCUGGGGCACCUGGACGUGCAGUACCUGACAGCCCAGGAGCCGUGGACGGGCGAGCUGAGUGGCCCCUCACUGGCUGAGUUGGCCACUGAUGUAAAACAAAUGAAAAAGGAAAUGGAAGCUGUCAAGACAUUCAUGCCAGAGAUUUUCUCUCAGGCUCUUGAUGAGGAGAGUGGUGAGGCCAAAGGUGUGCCAAGGAUCCCAGUGGCGCAGUCCCGCAUGGCAGAGGACAUGAAGAAGAUCAUGGAGGAGUAUGAUCAGGCCAUGGCUGACUACCAGGAUCUCCGUGAGGAGAUUGGCAUGAUUAAGGUGACACAGUCCAACAUGGCUCAGAAGAUGAAGGAGACCCUUGCAUUGAUGAAGAAGAUGGAGGAUGACAUUGCACAGCUGAGGGAGGAUAUUGCUAAGUGGAAAGAAGAGACCAAUGAGCAGAUCACUCAGCAACUGGAGUCCGUGCUGCAGGAGACAAAGAGUGAACUCAAGAAGUUGGAGGAGCAGCAGGAGAUGAGGAAUGCCAUGCUGGAGCAGCUGGUGACUGAGACAGCCAACCAGAUGCAGGAGAAGCUGGGCGAGCUGGAGGAGACAGUGAGCACCGUGCAGGAGGAGCAGGAGAAGGCAAAGUGCUCCAAGUGCACCUUCGACUACAAAGUGCUUUUGGGGGAGCUCGUCCAGCGCUGUGAGAAACUCGAGGAGGAGGUGGAGUCCCUGGAGUCCCGGCAGACAGCUGUGGGCAAGGUGGAGAACAUCAUAAAGCAAAGGAGCCAGGACCAGCAGCUCCUGCAGCACAUAGAGGACAAGGUCAGGAAGAUUCAAGGGGACUGUGAGGAGCUCAGCUUGGUCUCAGAGAACCUCCAGAAGGACUGUGAGGAAAAGCAGAAAGCUAUUGAGAUGCUGUUCCAGUCCUUGGAGACACUGAAGAAGAACAAAGCAGAGGAGCAGAACAUGUUGGCGGCAAAGGACAUGAAAUCUGCCUUGGGCAGCAAAGUCAGUUGCACCCAGUUUGAGGCGAGCAUGGAGCGGAUAGAUCAGAGGAUGCAGGAGAUGCAGGGCCAGGUGUUGGGACAGAAUGAGCACUGGAACGAGGUGGAACAGCAGCUCAGCAACAUGAUGGAAAACAAGCUGGAUCGCCUGGAGCUGAAGCCUUUCCAUAAGCAGAUGGAGAAAACCUGGCAGAAGAGCAUCAAAGAACUCGAGAAGAAGAUGGCCGAGAGUGACAGCGCUGCUGGGCUGAGGAAGCAGCUGCCAGUCCCUUUCACGUGCCUGUCCUGUGACCGCCCGGUCAAAACGCAGGUUCCUGGCCCGAAACCCGAGACACUCCCGUACUUGCAGCCACUGCCCCCCAUCAAGGAUGCACAACACAGCCAAAGGAGAACAGUGGUCAAUGGCAAGAUCCCCCGAGUGAUACCGAGCACUGGGAGCCCUCAGAGCAGCAGAAGCCUCGGGCAGCACAUCCAGGCUUCCCCCCGGAACAACGUGCGGCUGAAGGGCAUCACAGCACUCCCCAGCAGGCCUAACGUGACCAUAGUGGUGGGCACUUCUGGCCCCAACUCCCCGGACCAGAAGGACCAGACUCCUGCGGUGGACAGCACACAGGAAGAGCCAGGCCCUUCCACCUCACAGGAGCAACGGCCAGCCAAGACCCGCAAGCCCAAGCACGUCUCCUGGGCACCACAGCUCACCCAGAUAAAGAUCAUCCCAGCCCGUGAGACGUCACCUUCCCCAACCAGAGAGACAGGAGAGAACAACCGGUACGCAGACAUAGACAUCGAAGAAGAGAGAAGAAUAGCGUUUGAGGAGUUGGUUAAUUUAAUAAAGAAGUAAUAAAAAUGCAGACAUAGCCUG